AUGCGUGCGUUCGAAUCUGCCUUCACAACCUUUGCCUGCUUGGCCCAUGUUUGCAUGACAAAUGCAUUGUCAUUCACUCAGUGGCCAGGUGUCAUCCAUGCUGGCGAAGACAAUACCGUGAAGUGGAUCGGUGACCCUAAUCUUCCCACGACAAUUACCCUUCGUAGGGGUGCGGCAAACAACCUUACCGAUGUGGAUGUCCUUACGCGUGAUGCCCGCGGAAAUGAAUACACUUGGAAGGCCAGUAAUGACCUGCAGGAUGGUUCAGAUUAUGCUCUACAAAUCCAACAAAACGAAGAAAUCAACUAUACGGGGCAUAUAACUGUCGAGCAUCCCAACGGCCAAGCACCGUCUUCAAAAGGGCCGCCUCCCGAUGAUGACCCCGACUCAGAUUUCAGCACAGCUCCGCAUAAUGCGACAACGGGUGUCGCAAAAGGUAAUAAUGCGACUUCUACCGUUCCACAUAUCAGACAUGAUGAUAAACCAAGUACGGGUAAUAACCACACUUCCAAUAAAGGUGCCGUGUCUUCUAAGACGCAGUCAGACGAUGCGUCUCUUCGCAACUGGUCGCCGAACUUGAUCCUGGCCGUCGUCGCUAUCUUGUACCUCAACUAUUAGAACGAAACGGUUCACAAUCGUCGGUUUGUUCAUUCCUCUCUGCCUUUCAACUUGGAGGCAGUUGUUGUGGUCCUGCAGUGGCUGUUAUGUGUUCUCCAUGUAUAUAUUAAUACCCACCCGCUCGUUUGUACCCCUCAGAGAGAUCGUUAAGAGUACUAGCCUCGUCAUGAUUCUGCUGGAGCUUCUUAGAUCCCUGUGGUGGACCUCAG